GUCCUGCAUAGACUCCUCUAACAGCAGCAGUUAAACCCCGCUACCCAAAGGGUCUCAGAGCUCAUGAAGCUGAUUGAGGAGAUCCUCCAGAAAAGCUAAAAGUAGAAUUCAUCCCAUUAUUUCUGCUCUGCUCUGAAGAACUAAGCUGCAGUCUCAACUGUGCCCUGAGGUCAACACAGAAGCUCCUGGAUGAAUGAUUGGGUGGGCCCUGAUGUCAAUGUGGUGGGACCACUGCAGAUCCCACCCAGCGAUGGGUUCUCAAUGCCAGAGGGCUCACAUUUCUUUGAUAUUCUGGCAGAGCACAGCAGCCCUCUGCUUCAGGACCAGGAGGUCCUGCCCUUCGCCAGCUAUCCCAGCAUGCAGUACUCCACAGUGGAGCCGUCCAUGUCCUCUCCGUCAUACUACUCCUGCCAAAACUACUACCCCCAGUACAGCCCAGAGGAGUGGUAUUCACCAUCCGCCAUGCUGGAGCUGAGAAAAGGCCCGCUGGAGGGGACCUUUGAUACAGAGAUGGAGGAAUCAUCCCCUAUUGUUCCCACUGUCAUGUAUAGAAGAUCCAGAAACACUGCCCAUCCCGGCAGGGUCAAAGGGGAAGAACUGUGUGUGGUGUGUGGGGACAAAGCCUCGGGCUACCACUACAAUGCUCUCACAUGUGAAGGGUGUAAAGGUUUCUUCAGAAGAAGUAUAACCAAGAAUGCUGUUUAUAAGUGUAAGAGUGGGGGGAACUGUGAGAUGGACAUGUACAUGCGCAGAAAGUGCCAAGAGUGCCGACUACGGAAGUGUAAAGAGAUGGGCAUGCUCGCUGAGUGUUUGCUAACAGAGAUCCAGUGCAAAUCCAAGAGGCUGAGGAAAAACACCAAGUCUUCACUAGAGGAUGGCACAGGAGCUGAUACAGAGGUCGCUGACAGCGGGGACACUAAACAGGUCACAUCUACAACCAGAAUGUGUAAAGAAAAAGUGGUGCUCAGUCAAGACCAGCAGGCUUUACUAAAUUAUAUUCUUGAAGCGUACAACAAGCAUCGUGUUCCUCCAGAUAUGGCCAAGAAACUGCUUCAGGAACAGUUCAGCACUGAGGAGAAUUUCCUGCUGUUGACGGAAAUGGCAACCAGCCACGUCCAGGUUCUGGUAGAAUUCACAAAAAACAUCCCAGGUUUCCAGUCUCUGGAUCAUGAGGAUCAGAUUGCUCUACUGAAGGGUUCAGCAGUCGAGGCCAUGUUCCUGCGUUCUGCCCAGGUCUUCACCAGGAAACAGCCACAAGGACACACAGAGGUGCUGGAGGAGCGAAUAAGAAAGAGUGGCAUAUCAGAAGAGUACAUCACCCCUAUGUUCAACUUCUAUAAGAGUAUUGGGGAGCUGCAGAUGCUGCAAGAAGAACAUGCACUUCUUACAGCAAUCACCAUCCUGUCUCCAGAUCGGCCAUAUGUGAAGGACCAGCAGGCAGUGGAGCGGCUGCAGGAGCCCGUGCUGGAAGUGUUGAGGAGGUUCUGCAAGCUGCAGCACCCUCAGGAGCCCCAGCACUUCGCCCGGCUGCUGGGCCGUCUGACCGAGCUGCGAACCCUUAAUCAUCAUCAUGCAGAGAUGCUAGAGUCAUGGCGCACGAGCGACCACAAAUUCAACCCCCUGCUCUGUGAAAUCUGGGACGUACAGUGACACUACAGCAAGAAAUCCCAAAGACUUUUCACUGAAUGUUUUUACACAGAUGACAAGCUUGGCUUGGCUCUGAUACAGAGUCAGAACAACAGUUCAAAAUUUAGGACUGACUGUAAUAAAUAUUAAAUGUUCAUCCCUGGAUGUCGCCUAACAUUUAGAUAAAUGAGAUUUGCAUAAGAGAAUCGUAAAAUAAAUAGACUUUAGACUUUAGACUUUAAUUUAUUGUCCCCCACAGGGGAAAUUUUUCUUGGGCUACCCAAGAUUGCUUCCCGCUGAAUUGGCAAUACAAUACAGUCACAUAAGCCUUUCAACAGACAUAAUACAAUAUAAGACAAUACAAUACAAUGAACAUAAGCAUAAAAGCCAGUAAAAAUACUAAAAUAAAUAUAACAAAUGUAAGAUUUCCAUCCACAUCCUUAUCUGUUAGCAUUAAGAAGUGUGAUCGGUGCAGAUAUAAAUUAAUUUCUGUACCUUAUUAUUCUACCCUUUGGCACUCUGAAUCUCCUACCCGAAGGGAGAAGCUGAUACUCUGGGAAAAGAACAUAAAUGUCUUUAUUCUUUGUGUUUUUGGACUUUUGGAGAAAAGGAAUGAUGUAUUAUUUUUCUAAAGUGCUCAAUUUCUUUAAUGAUCAGACAUUUAGUACUGUAUUUGCACAUUAAAUUAUAUAUCAAAUGAUA